UUGGCAGCUGAUGGACCCAGUGAUGGACCCAGAAGCAACCCCAGUUUACUUGGAAUAUUUUUUUGUUACAAGUCACAAUCCUGAUAUUGAAGAGACCCACUCCCAUGUUCCUUAUACAUCAGUCUUCCUUCCGGUCUUCUACACAGCUGUGUUCCUGAUUGGAGUGUCCGGGAACCUCAUUCUCAUGAGCGCACUGCAUUUCAAACGGGGCAGCCGAAGACUGAUCGACAUCUUUAUCAUCAACCUGGCUGCCUCCGACUUCAUCUUCGUCAUCACCUUGCCUCUCUGGGUGGAUAAAGAAGCAUCUCUGGGGCUGUGGAGGACAGGCUCUUUCCUGUGCAAAGGAAGCUCCUACGUGAUCUCAGUCAACAUGCACUGCAAUGUCUUCUUGCUCACCUGCAUGAGCGUGGACCGCUACCUGGCCAUUGUGUGUCCCGCUGUAUCCAGGAAAGUCAGGCGGAGAGACUGUGCCUACGCCGUCUGUGCCAGCGUCUGGUUUGUCUCCUGCCUCCUGGGGUUGCCUACCCUUCUGUCCCGGGAGCUUACCCUGAUUGAGGGUAAACCAUACUGUGCAGAGGAGAGGGCCACUCCCAGCAAACUGACGUGGGCCCUGGUGGCCUUAAUUUUGACCUUUUUUGCCCCUUUGGUGAGCAUUGUGACCUGCUACUGUUGCAUCACAAGGAAGCUGUGUGUCCAUUACCAGCAUUCAGGAAAGCACAACAAAAAGCUGAGGAAGUCCAUAAAGAUCAUCUUUAUCGUUGUGGCAGCCUUUGUCCUCUCCUGGCUGCCCUUCAACACUUUCAAGCUCCUGGCUAUCGUCUCUGGGUUGCAGGAAGAGCUCUACCUGUCCUCAGCCUUUCUGCAGCGGGGGAUGGAGGUGUGCGGGCCGCUGGCAUUUGCAAACAGCUGCGUCAACCCCUUCAUCUACUAUGUCUUUGAUGGUUACAUCCGCCGGGCCAUCGUGCGCUGCCUGUGCCCUUGCCUGAAGAACUAUGACUUUGGGAGCAGCACCGAGACAUCAGACCUCACGAAGGCUCUCUCCAACUUCAUACAUGCAGAAGAUUUUGCCAGAAAGAGGAAGAGGUCUGUGUCACUCUGAAAAGGACAGUGACAUUUCGAGCUCUGUGGAUGGGGUUGAAGGGUUCAUUUGUGCCCACGAUAAAGAAAGAAGAAAAAUAUUGCUAACAGUAUUCAUAUUGCUUAUGAAUACAAGGAAGUGUUAAUUUUUAAAGAGAUAUCUAGAAAGUCACGGUGUUCAUGGAUAUAAUUAGGUUACAUGCUAUUUUCUGUUUGUUUGAGCUGAAUAGCUUUAUUUGACCCUUGUCAGUCAAGUUCACUGGGCAAAAUACAACUUUUAUACAUCUUGAACUCUGAGAUAAGGCUCCUGCUUGGACCAGUUCCUUUCUUCGUGGGUGUUAAUGCACAUUCCAGCCUUUUCCUCUCUCAGGAAACUUGAUCCACACCACCCAUCAUACUGGGCUCCAGAGUGGACUGCAUGUAAAGGAUUCCGCCCAGUUGUAACUGCCCCUGAUGGAGCCUGCUAUCAAGAUGAUGCCUCCACCGUGACAGAGAGCAAUGCCAUCCAGAG